AUGGCUGUGGUAGACGAGAAAGUCGGAAGCUCCCACAUUGAGGGUGCAGGCGACGAUGCACUUGAAAUCGGAGAGAUAAAUCUCGACAUUGACGAGAUUGAAAACACAACCACUGGCAAGUUCACGUGGUUGGUAGCAUUUGCUGCUUCAAUCGGUGGAAUGCUAUUUGGAUACGACACUGGCAUCAUAUCUGCAGUACUGGUGUAUAUUGGUGAAGAUCUCGGACACCCUCUAUCUUCAAGUGAAAAGGAGCUCAUUACUUCUCUCUGCUCGGCGGGCGCAUUCGUCGGUGCCAUCGCAGCAGGCCUCACUGCCGACCGCUUUGGACGCAAAGGAGCUACAUAUUUCGCCAGUGUACUCUUUACAGUCGGUGCCAUAAUUCAAGCUUCUGCAUUUUCCAUCCCGCAAAUGGCCGUUGGCCGGCUGGUCGUCGGUUUCGGUGUGGGUGCUGCUGCCAUGAUUGUUCCCCUUUACCUCGCCGAGUUGGCACCCACGAAGUUCCGAGGUCGCAUGAUUGGGCUGAACAAUGCCUGCAUCACUGGAGGGCAAGUCAUCUCGUAUGGCAUUGGGGCAGGUUUGGCGCACGCACCGAAUGGCUGGAGAUGGAUGGUAGCCCUCGGCGCCGUUCCGAGCAUCAUCCUGGGCUGUCUCCUCCCCUUUUGCCCCGAAUCGCCUCGUCAGCUGCUCUUCCACGGCAAAACCGAAGAGGCGCACCGUGUCAUUCAGCGCAUCUUUAAAAAUGCCACUCCGGAAAUGGUCGACGACAAGGUCCGCCGCAUCGAAUCUAGCGUCAGUCAAUCAAAAUCUACGCUAGAGGGCCGAAGCCGAUGGGCUGCCAUUAAGCGAAUGCACUCUGACCCCGCCAACUUUAGAGCACUUGUUUGUGCUUGUACAUUGAUGGUCAUAAGUCAGCUGUCCGGCUUCAACGUCUUGAUGUACUACUCCGCCACGCUAUUUGCCCUUGUCGGCUUCUCCAACCCCGUCGCGGUCGGUCUCGUCGUUGCCGGUACCAACUUUGUCAUGACCUGGCUAAACGCCCUAGUGGUGGAUCCUUAUGGCCGCCGCCGGGUGCUGGUCUGUACCGUUUGGGGCAUGUCUGCAGGACUGGCAGCUGUAGCUGUUGCAUUCCACUUCAUUCCCGUUGACCUCGAGACCUUGGAACUGAAGGAGAGCGCCAUCACAACCCCGGCAAUUGUCGUCCUGGUCUUUAUCCUCUGGUUCUGCAUCUUUUACGGUCUCUCCGUUGGUAACAUUGCUUGGAUGAGCACCGACUUUUUCCCAAUGGAGAUUCGUGCCAUGGGAACAAUGUGGAUGACUUGCUGUAACUGGGGACCCAACGUUAUUGUCUCCUCCACCUUUUUGACCAUGAUGAAGUCACUCACCCCUUCUGGAGCAUUCGGUUUCUAUUCUGGAGUGUGCUUCACGGGAUGGGUCCUAAUCAUCUUCUUCUACCCAGAGGUGUCGGGCCUGUCGCUCGAGGAGACGAGCGAGGUCUUUCAGCAUGGCUUUGGCGUUAGAUACGCGGCCCGACUACGCAAGAUGCGCAAAGAACAGGCGGCAAACCAAGCCAAUCUAGCAAUUGAGAAAUUAAAUUAG